CCUCACUCGACUCCGAUGCUGUGAACUGUAAGCUCAUCCUUCAGGGACUCAGACGGUUAACAUCGCUUCCCCUGCCGGGCAGCGGGUCUGUCCCGGGUCUCGGCCAAGCGGCCCUUCCACGGCGUGCCUUUUCUGAAGAAGCUUUAGAACCACGUUUCCCAUAAAGAAAGGUUGGAGAAGGCAGGCGGGUGAGUGAUUGUCACAGCUGUGUUCACACUUCUUCCCUGACCUUUAGUGUUUCAGGUGCAGCAAGCUGUAGGCGUUGUUAUGGUACUUGGUUAUGUAUUUUUUUCUUGUCUUUGCAAAGGAAUUGCAUUUUUUGUUUAUUGCAAUGUAUUUGAUUGCAAUUUUGUGUAAACUCUUUAAUUCUCUUUAUGAGAUUUAUUACAUGGUAAAUUAUAUUGCUUUACACACACACACACGCAAAAUACUCAUGGAAAAAGGAAAAGGAAGUUUCAGCAUUUUGUCCCUGCCCCUGUUUCACGGGCUGCUGGUCACCACCUCACUGGCUCCUGCUCUGGGGACGAUGACAUCGGUGCCUUCCAUUGGAUGCCUUCUGGCCAGAACCCAGCAUUAUCGAAAAGCCAGUGUUUCUUCAGGCACCUCUUUAACUGGCUCUGAUUCUGUUCACUUCGUAGAUGAUGACAAAUCCCAGCAAGGAUUACCUGAAGUGGCAGAAUCCACCUGGUGGUUUAAAUCCUUUUUCCAGUCUGAACCUGUGCUUUCAAAUGUAAAAAGAGAAGACCAGGCUGCUUGUGGGAACAAAUAACAAUUAUCUACUCCAAUAAAAGGAAUCACAGCUCCUCGGGGAAAUGGCUGAUCCCAGGACAGAAUCAACUAAAGACGAUACUUUGUAAAAUCAAAGUAAGGCCAGUUGUUGAAAAGAUGUAUUCUUUACUCUAUCAAGUAUAGUGAUUUGAAUUAUUUAGCCAGUUACAAGCCAGAAGACCACCCAUGGAGGCCCUGCCCCUGGGAACCGCACCCUUCAGCACCCAAGCUACUCCCAAUGACUUCUCCUCAACAGCAAGACCGGUCCUGCUACCAGCAAUCAACUGCACAGGGAAUACUGGAAAAGCCUUUGAAAACACGGGCCCUUCAAACGCAAUGAUUUAUGCAGAGUAACUUUCUCAUUACCCAUAUUAUUUUUCAAAAAAAUUUUAAACAUUAAAAGUUGUGUUUAAAUUUUCAAAAAUUUAAGUUAAGUGCUCUUUACAUCUAUUGAUUGAUUUAUUAUGCCUUAAAACUGAAGCAUUGAUGCCUAACAUAAGGGCUUUUAAGGGCAUUGGAUUCAGAAAUGUAAAAAAGAGUUGCAAAAACUGUAUUUUUAAUCAUGAACAUUGGAAAUAGAAAACAUACCCAUAAGUACAUUACCUGUUAAAUACACUACUGUACAUAACUGGUUAUUGUGUAGACUUUAAAACUCAUGAUUUUAAAUUAUAUUUAACAACGUGGAAAAUCAUGAAGAUACAAAGUUGGAUGAAAAAAGCAGGAUAAUCUCUAUACGGUGUGAUUUUACUUGUAUCUAGAAAGUAUGUGUGCUUAAGAAUAGAUUGGAAGGAAAUAUAUCAAAAUGGUAACAAUGGCUAUUUCUGGAAAUGGAAUUUUGGGUGAUUUUCAUUUUCUUCUUUAUAUUUUUUCUGUAUCUUUUCACAUUUUCUAAUAUGAGCAGGUUUUUGAGUACAAUUAGAAGGCAAUACAUGUUAUUACAUAGAGGAGACCUGGAAUUCAUUUUCUGAGUGUGAAUCUUCCUUACAUUGGGCAGAGUAUUCCCUACUUUCCUCAGUAUUGGGUAGAUAGUGCCAAAGGAGUUUCAGCUGAAAAAUUUCUGAUACUUCUUGCAGAUAUUUUUCAACGUAAGAUGCCAGGUUUAGGAAUUAGGGGUGCUAAGUUCCCUCAGAGGCUGACCUCCCUACAGGCUCAUGGGGCUGAUGUCACACUGAACACCUGUAGGGAACUUGUGAUUGUUGGUGAAGCCGUCUUUCUGCCCAACCACAGGACCACGCAGCCACGGCAGCACUGGCAUCCUCAGUGAUGGGCACGAGUCUUUACCGCUCCUUCCAGACGGGACGUGCGUUCCUUCUAUGUCACGUUCCUCCAUCACUUUGCUGUCAACCAAGGGACUCAAACAUCCCUUUGGUCCAAGAGUAUAUCGUUGUUGACAUGUUACUGCUCUUCUGCUGGCUACUUGCCUUUACACUUUUUAUAUAUUUGUAGAGGCUGAUUAAACCUUUGGACUAUAUAUCUCAUUUGGCUUUAGUCGAAAAUCAAAUUUCAGUGAUUGAAGACUGAAUUUUUCCAAAGUGAGAGAAAAAUAUGGUGAAACAAAAUGGUAAAUUGUGGGAGGUUUUGUUUUAUAAGAUUAUUAACAAAUUCAUUUUUUCUUAAUCACUUGGUAUAUGUGUGAACAGAUGGCUUGAUUAGUGUGUUUGAUGAAUUUCCCAAAAUAGGUUACCAAGUUGGUAUUUACUUUGUUUACUCAGAAAGAUACUAUUUGUUAAAUUACAUUUUUGCCUAUGUGUCUGUAGUAUUUUGAUUGUGUCAAAGGGAUUGCUUUUAUAUUUGUUUAGACUAGUGUUACUGUUACUGAAAGUUAUUACUGUUUAAAAGAGUUGAAUUUUACAUAAGGUUUUAAAUCAAACAUUCUAUCAUGAGCAUAUAUAGUUAUCAAGCAUUUUAGAGUGGUUAACACACCUACAUAUAUAUAUAUGUGAGCAUAUAUAGAUGCCAGAUAGAUAGACAGAUAGAUAUCAAUAGACAGAUAUGAAUCCUGAAAAAAUAUAAGGAAUCUUUCCAAAAAAUAAUGUCAAAGUGAACUCUUAUAUAAUGAUUAAAAAAUUGAAAAGAUUGCUUUGUGCUAUUCCAGAGUUUCUGCAGAAUUAGUAUGAUAGAAAUAAAGAGAAUAAAAUGUCUUCUAGGUAAAUUCUAGUUAAUUGCUUCUAAAGUAAUUUUCCCACAGUUCAGACACUUUGGGGCUGUCUUUAAAAAGUACCUCAGACGUUAAGUCUCAGCAUAACUGUUGUUUUAGUUAAAAUAUCUCCUGCCUGGCUUUGCUGCCUAUUGGGAACAUAAUAAAUAGUGAAGGUGCAUAUGUUACAGGGGUGUCCAUGUGAUUUGAGACGUGCUAUGAUCAUUCUAUGAUUUAUGAAAUGUUAUUUGACUUGGCCUGGAUGUUGGUAUUAAAUGUGACAAGGUUUUGACAAUUUC